AUGUCGAGGUCCGCUUCUCUUUUGAUUGUAUCAAUGUUGAUUCUCGGAAUUUCGUUGUUAUCCGAUGCAGUUGCCCCGGUAAACUCCCCAGCAGUGUCUCCGACAAGUAAUUCUCCUUCGCCAAGUGUGGUACACUCUCCAACAAUGUCUCCGGCAGUGAAUGCUCCGGCACCAAGCGCAACAAACACCCAUGCUCCGGUCCCAAGCCCUACCAGCACCAACGCUCCGGCACCAAGCACUGCAAGCAACAAUGCUCCGGCACCAAGCGCAACUAAUACCCAUGGUCCAGCACCAAGCGAUACCACCAGCAACCAUGCUCCUGCACCAAGCGCUACCAGCACCCAUGCUCCGGCACCAAGUGAAACCAGCACCGCUCAUGCUUCGGCGCCAAGUGUUACUAAAACGCAUGCUCCAGCACCAAGUCCUCAUCAUUCUGGUUCUGCGAGAUUGAGUGGUUAUGUUGGUAUCAAUGUUGUGGUGGCUUUGGUCUUAGGAAGCUUUGUUUUUUAG